AACCCGGACUCCGCUCCUCCAUCUGCUCCUCUUCCUCCUCCUCCUCCUCCUCCUCCUCCUCCUCCUCCUCCUCCUCCUCCUCCUCCUCCUCCUGCAGCGCGAGGCACGCUGCUCAGUUUCCUGUUGCGGGAUUACGCGGACCGUCUCCACCUGAAUCCCAGACCCGGUACCGGCGUCAGUGUCUUCACCGUGGCCGUCCUCGUCAUGCCAGGCCCGGGGAGGUGUUCCGGGCCGGUCCGGUACCUGGUGUCCGCCUGUCUGCUGGGGAUGCUGCUGCACCUGCCGGGGGCGCGAGGCUCCUACACCCCCCAGAGCGGCGAGUGUAAGGGCAAAGGCAAGGACUGCACAGACCUGUCGGAGAAGAAGAGUGACCUGAGGGUUUGUGACGACUCCACCUGUCGCUAUGGCGGCGUCUGCAGAGACGACGGCGCUCAGCUCAAAUGUGUCUGUCAGUUCCAGUGCCAUAAAAACUACAUCCCCGUGUGCGGAUCCAACGGAGACACGUACCAGAACGAGUGCUACCGGCGCCAGGCGUCCUGCAAACAGCAGAGGCUGAUCUCACGGGUGUCGGACGGGCCCUGCUCAGCUGAUCCUGGUUCCGGUUCAGGAGAUGGAGACGAUGACGAAGGUUCAGGAUCCGAUGUCGGGAAGAAGUUCACCAAAUGCAGCACAUGUAAAUAUGGAGCCGAGUGCGACGAGGACUCGGAGGAUGUCUGGUGCAUCUGUAACAUCGACUGCAGCGGACACAAUGAGAACCCGGUCUGCGCCACCGACGGGAACUCGUACAACAACCCGUGUCUGGUUCGAGAGGCAUCGUGUAUGAAACAGGAGCAGAUCGACGUCAAACACCUGGGCCGCUGUCCAGCUGAUAAAGAUAAAAUGGGCAAGAAAGACGACAACAGUCCCUUUAAAAUAAACCUAGAAACCACGGGUCUGGACCACGGUGACGGGUUCUACGCCGGGAUGCCCAUCCCCUGCGCCGACAGCUAUGCCGGCUUCUGCGUUCACGGCAAAUGUGAGAUCAAGUACAACAUGGCCACCUGCAGGUGCGAUGCAGGUUAUAAAGGCGCUCAGUGCGACGAGCCUCAGGACUUUAACAUCCUCUACGUGGUCCCCAGUGGACAGAAGCUGCACUACGUCCUCAUCGCCGCCAUCAUCGGCGCUGUGCAGAUCGCCAUCAUUGUCGCCGUGGUGAUGUGCAUCACAAGGAAAUGUCCAAAAAACAACAGGGGACGUCGGCAAAAACAAAACCUGGGACACUUUUCGUCAGACACUAACUCCAGGAUGGUAUAGCCGCGAUUGUCGGAUUGUUUUUGAUAAGUUUUUUUUUACGGCGUGGGAAUACCAUUUUUAAAAGUAUGGCAUUAUCUUCACUUUUUUUUCUCUCCUGGGAAACCGAAAAAAGAAGAAUGAGAAUAUUUAUUUAAGGGGCCUUAUUUCCGACUUUUUUCUUAAUUUUUUUGGGCAGUUUUGCUAUUUUUUUGGUGUUUUUUUUUUUUUGUUUCUUUUUUUAAUGGACAAAACCCCUGGAGCGUCCUCUUUAAGUCAUUCAAAGUCGGCGUCUUGUUGUUUUUCCAGUUUGUCGCAGGUUUCAUCGCGUUCUGAGCGAACGGAACGCCCCCGGUGGAAUGUGAUAUUUAUCGGAGGUUCUGGUUUCAGUUUCACUUUUCCUUAAUGAUGUGCAGCUGAUUCACCAAAUGCAGAUGGUUUUAGUGUUUUUGAAUCCGUCUGUUCACACCUUUUCUUUAAUAUGGAGUUUCCUGUAAAGACUCACUGUGUUCCGAAAAGCUAACGGUUUAAUUUAUUAUGAACAUUAUUUCUUUAAGCUAGUUUUUACGUCUUGUUUUUAACCUUGAUUUCAGAUGUUUUUGUUUGUUUGUUUGUUUUUCUGAAUCCUAGUUCCUGUAUAUUCGCAUGAUCUUGUGAAAACUGUGUACCGUGAUGUAGUUUUAACCUUUUAAAAGAAAAGCCAACGGAAUGACGCCUCCGUGUGGCGGGAAUGUGGGAGGUCGUACUCGUGAUUGGAGGACGAUGACGACGGGGCAGGAAUGAAAUCCACGUUAAAGGAAUGUAAAAUGUACGAAAAACAGUUUAACCCCUGAAGAACUUGUAGACUCGUAGGUGGGAAUGUUCGCUGAAAGGAACAAAACGACUGCACAACUUUAAUUCUGUUUCCACGUGAACAGAAGGACCUCGGCUUUUCUUUGAAUGUGAGGGACUUUUUUCUUGACUUUUGCUUUUCUUUGUCGGUUUUUAGUUUUGCUCCUCAGCGAGAAACCUUCGAAGCACAGAGGAUCCUUCGCUGAAAAACACACAUCGGUGGUCGGCGCUUCAGUUUUUGUCCACAAAUCCAUGGGAAAUAACAGUAAAACCUGAUCAAACUAAGCUAUCUAAGGCAAUAAUUUAGUGCCAAAAUUUGUGCGCAUUGAACCCUUUAUCUUUUA